UCAAAGCAACACUAUAUGGGCACUAAGUAUAGUUUAGCUAGUUUAAAAAUAAUAAUUCAUGUACAAGAACUUAUUCAUAUCUCGUUACAUGUAUAACUAAACUGCUGAUACUUGCAACUGUUUGGUCACAGCUGUAUCUGAUUCUUGUUUUUGUGCAUCACCAAUGAAUCUGAUCAAACUGUCGCUAAUAACACGCUCUGGUGCUUUGAAUAUGAAGAGAUGUUAAUCAUAAUAAAAGUAGACAAAACGGUAAAAUGAUGUUUGAUUUCAUGUUUAUUAUGGGUUAUUAUGGAUUUGAACUUAGAGAAUAAGGGGCAAACAUACUCAAAGAUUUACAAAUGUCAUGUCAGGGGAUUACUUGUAGUGAUCUGAUCUUUUACACUGUUCUUACAUCUCUCUUUAUUUAUGCAGUUACAAGUUUAAAGCAAAAAAUAAAUAAAGUUGUUCCUUUCACUGAUCUCUAUUUGUCUGAUCAAAGACAAAAACCACGAGUCCUUCAGAGUUCAUCAGUUAGUCUUGGUGACUCGAUCCUGACUGAACAUACACCGAAGGGCGUCUUUGGUGUAUGUACACAGUGGCAUCGUAAACAGUGUGUGUGUGUGUGUGUGUGUGUGUGUGUGUGUGUGUGUGUGUGUGUGUGUGUGUGUGUGUGUUUCAUGUCUGGGGGGGGUGAAUUUGACCCUGUGCUGUAGGUGUGGGUCAAUAUAAGAGCAGUAGUGUCUCCAUGUUUCUCAUUUUAGAGAGAACAGAGAGUCAACGUGAAUGUUUUUAUUCACCAUGGAGAACGAGGCGCUCAGGACUGCUGCUUGUUUGAUGCUUUUCUUAGCAGGUACGUGCAUUGCUGAGGGUAUCUUACCAGCUGGACCCCUGAGUGGUGCUGUGGCAGGCAAAGUGAAGUUCACCACCACCCUCAGACCUCCAGAGAGUCCCUUCCUCUCCGUCAGCUGGAGCUUCAAAGGGAUUAACAUCAUCACCUCCACCAGCACCAACAUCACUGAGCCCGGACACGCCAACAGGAUCUCAUUAGACCGAGCCACGGGCUCGCUGGAGCUCAGGAACCUGGUGUUGGAGGACAGCGGGGAGUACACAGUCACCAUCAUACCAGACGGAGGGCUUCAGAAACAGGGGAAGAUCACACUCAGUGUGUAUGUUUUGGUCUCUGGAGCCACCAUCCGCAGCCCAGCAGCCAUCUUGAUCGAAGACAAAAGCUCCACCAACCUGACCUGCGAGGCCUCAGGCUCCGUGAGCACCAGAGAGUGGAUGAAGGACGGCUGGCCUCUCCUUCAGAGUGACCGAGUCCGUCUCUCCUUAGACAACAGGACGGUGUUCAUACAACCUGUUCACAGCUCCAACCAUGGCACCUACCAGUGUCGAGUCAGCAACCCUGUCAGCACCAUGACCGUGGCUUAUAACCUCACUGUUAACUUUGGACCUCAUAACAUUUCAAUAUCCGGGCCGUCAGCAGCAGCCCCGGGCCACAGAGUGGCUCUACAGUGCACGGCAGACUCUGUCCCGCCAGCAAACUUCAGGUGGACGUUCAACGGCAACGAGACUCAUGUUAAAGACUCUGCUUACAUCAUAGAGAGGCUGGAGGAAGACAGCAUCGGGAAUUACACCUGCACUGCCAGAAACAUGGUGACCAUGCUGGAAAACUCCACAAAUCUGUACCUGAGAGCAUCCUGCACUGCCCCCUGCUGGUCCUUUUCAGUGCUGCUGAUCUGCUCGCUGGCCCUGAGAGGGUUAAUGUGAGAGAAAGUAGCAGAGUCCAGCCUCCCUGAUAAUUUUGCUUUGACUGAGGACCAUGAAUUUAAUCAACCAAAAUGUGCUCUAGAAGCAAUUUAAUUGUGACCCCAGGGACUUUGAUACUUCAGCUUGACAAUAAUAAGACAAAGUAGAAAGUCUCACACAGGACUAACCAAUAAUCAAACCUGUUAAUGAUAUAAACUUUUGGAAAUCUAUGUCAGAAAUGUCACAAAGAGAAUAAAAGUGACAUCACGAGUCACUAAAAAUUGCAUUCUAAUUGUAUUGCUCAGGAAAUAUCAUACAGCUGGAUAAUCGACUUUUAAUGUGAGUUAUAUAUGCAUGUAUUUGUAUGAAAGAGUGACAAUAAACAUAUAUGUUUUAACAUUUA